AUGCACUUUUGCAAACUUUUCGCUAAUGCCAUUCACAAAGACCCCCCUUUUAGAAAUCCGUAUGUCUAUUUAAAGGAAGAAGAAUUUAUAAAAUUGCAAAAACAAAAAGAACAAUCAGAAUCAAAAUUACUAAAAGAAAGGAAAGAGACAGAGGAUUUGAUGGAUAACCAAAUUAUUUCGGCUUUAAAUAAUUUAAGCAGUGCAGUGGCAUCAAAAAGAUUAAGUGAUACUCGAAAGAAGCUAAUUAAAAAAAAAGAGGAUCUCAUAGAAAUAAUAUUCCCAAUUGAGUCAAAUAUUUCCAGUGAAGGAUCAAGCAAAGAAAUGCAUAGUAAUGAGAGAAAUACUCAAAGCUCGAAGGAAAAUAGGGGAUUAUUCAGAUUUUUCACGUCGCAUAUAACCAAAUCCACAAUCAGUUCUCGCUUCACCUCUCUUAGUACGACAAACUCCAACGGUUCUGACUCUACAAAUACCACUACUACAACAUACAAUCCUGAAGCUACAAAUAAGUGUGAUGCAAUUGACACUAGUAAUACUUCUAUUUGUAGUUCAGUGGUAGCUCUUAAAUCGAAGGAUUCUAUUAUUCCCUCAUCUGAUGCAGUUGCAAAUUUGGAACAUCCGUCUUCUUGCGGUUAUUCAACAACUAGCUAUUGCAUUUCCUAUACUGAACAUAAUACUGGUAAUGUUCUAACAGAUGAAAUUUAUUCCGUAGAUGGGUCUUCUUCCAUGUGUUCAUUUAAAACCUUAAGCUUACCAUUAUCUUUAACAGCUUUUCCGACAGGACAAGAUAUUAUAACUAAUUCUAACAUGCACUAUAAAAGUAAUCCUUUCGUUAAAACUAUCUUCAUGGAUGAUACCAUUCUGAAUUGUUCGAAAAAUAACUAUUCGAUAGAAAGUGGAAGUACAGGAAGUUUAAUUCUUGAUUCUCCUAAUAGAUCCCGAAACUAUGAUUUCCCUGCAAGCAAUAAGGCAUUUUUUCCUAAUACAAAAGCCGCAAAAUUCUAUAAUAUAGAUGGUAGCAUUGUAUUACCGAAGGCUAAUUAUACAAACUGUCAACUAAAUUCAUUUAGAAGAAGAUACCAUAAGUAUUCGAUGGCUUCGAACAGUUUGCGGCUUGACAGCCUUUGCUCAAACAAAUCAGAUAUAGAGCCAAGACAAUUCGACUAUUGUACUGAAGAACUAGAAAAUGAAAUGCAAACAUGUGGCUUGAUAAGCAGCGGCAGGAAGAAUAUAAAAUAUUUGAAUGAUAGUGACUACUUGAAUGAUAUUGACUCUAAUUAUAUACAUAAGCACACCGAAGAAUUUGAAAGUUCUAGCGUCUAUGAUUCUGAAUCUGAUAAAUACUUUGGCCAACAUCACCUGACCCUAUAG